UACGCACAAAAUGAAGCCGAGACCGAAACCAAAAACGCGCGCGAGGACCGACUACCGAGGACGAGGACUCCGGCAGUGCCCGGCGCCAUGCAGCGGCAGCGGCGACCACGAGCAUCGCACCAGCACCGUAGUGGUCCCUUCCUCCUAGUCCUCUUCCUCAGCGCCGUGGUCGCCGCCGAUGACGCGGCGCCGGCGGGCACGCCGGCGAUCGUGGACACGGUGUGCGCGGCGACGCAGGCCGCGGACCCGGAGGCCUUCGACGUGAGCUUCGUCACCACGCUGGAGAUGAUCUACCAGAACGUGACGCGGUGGAGCUUCGGCGCCGCGGGCUCCGGCGAGGGCAACGACACCGUGUUCGGCCUCGGGCAGUGCAUGGGCUACUUGUCCCCGACCGACUGCCAGCUCUGCUACGCGCAGAGCCGCGUGAAGCUGCCGCACUGCCUCCCCGCCGACGGCGGCCGCAUCUACCUCGACGGCUGCUUCCUCCGCUACGGCGCCGACAACUUCACAGCCGCCGCCACCGACGCCAGCGACACCGCCGUGUGCUCCAACGCCACCGCCGCCGCCAGUGCACCGCCGGUGGUCGGGACCGGGUUCGCGGCCGCCGCCGCCGCGCUCGUGCGGAACGUCACGGCCGCCGCGCCGGCCGCCAAGGACUACUACUACGCGGCGUCGGCGUCCGGCCGCGCGCCGCCGGCGUACGCGGCGGCGCAGUGCUGGAGGUCGCUCAACGCCAGCGCGUGCGCCACGUGCGUGGCCAGCGCCCGCGACCGGCUCCUCCGCAACUGCCUCCCGGCCGCGCCCGAGGGGUACGGCCUCAACGCCGGCUGCGUCGUCAGGUACUCCACGCGGCCCUUCUACCUGCCGGCCAGCGCCGGCGGCGGCGGGGGAUCGUCCGCGCGUCGCAUCGCUGUCAUCGUGGUGGCAUCGGUCUUGUCGGCAAUGGCGGUCAUGGGCAUAGCGUUCAUCUGGACAAGGAUGAGGUCCAGAUCAAGGGACGAUCUCCUCCGUGCAGACAUGGGCGACGACGGGUCGUCCGGCGAGAUGAUCCGCGCCAUCGCGGCGUCGCAGCUGAGCUUCAAGUACCAGGAGCUGCGCGCGGCGACGGACGAGUUCAGCCAGACGAACAAGCUCGGGCAGGGAGGCUACGGCUCCGUGUACAGGGGCGUGCUGGCGGACGGGCGGGAGGUGGCGGUGAAGCGGCUCUUCUUCAACACGCGGCAGUGGGCGGAGCAGUUCUUCAACGAGGUGAAGCUGGUGAGCCAGGUGCAGCACAAGAACCUGGUCAAGCUGCUGGGCUGCAGCGUGGAGGGGCCCGAGAGCCUGCUCGUCUACGAGUACCUCUGCAACACCAGCCUCGACCACUACCUCUUCGACGCGUUCAAGAAGAACGCGCUGGACUGGGAGCGGAGGUUCGAGAUCGUGCUGGGCACGGCGGAGGGCCUCUCCUACCUGCACAGCGCCUCGGAGGUCCGGAUCAUACACCGCGACAUCAAGGCCAGCAACGUCCUGCUGGACGACAGGUUCAGGCCGAAGAUCGCCGACUUCGGCCUCGCCAGGAACUUCAUGGACGACCAGAGCCACCUCAGCACCGGCCUCGCCGGAACUUUUGGGUACAUGGCUCCGGAGUACAUCGUCCACGGGCAGCUCACCGAGAAGGCCGACAUCUACAGCUACGGCGUGCUGGUCCUCGAGAUCGUCACCGGCCGGAAGAGCCACAACUCGGUGGCGUCAUCUGCAGAAGGCCUCUCACUCAUGGCACUGAUAUGGAGACACUACACCGCGGGCACCCUGACGGAGCUGCUGGACCCGAACCUCCGCGAGCAGUGCUCGGAGGAGGACGCCCUCCGGGUGUUCCACGUCGGCCUGCUGUGCGCCCAGGCGUCGCCGAACCUUCGGCCGCCCAUGUGGAAGGUGGUGGAGAUGCUGAGCGGCAGGGAUCACAAGGCGGUGGCGCUUCCCCGGCCCACCCAGCCUCCCUUCAUCAACGUCAAGGGGUCCAGCGGCAAGAGCGACAGCUCCGGCGGGUCGGCGUCCAACUCCGACAAGUCGCCCUUCUCGCUGAACCAGCUGUCAGUCAGUGGGGUGCAGGCCAGGUAAAAGCUAGCUAGCUAGCUGCGGAUAUCAUGUGUUUGGGCUAGCGGCAUUUUUUUUCAAGUUUUGUAAGUCGUGGCGUGGAUAUAUCAUAGGUUUGACUUCGAUUUUCUGGCUUCGUUGAUCUGGUAACAUACUCUGAUUAUUGCUAGUAUGUGCAAGUCUUUGGAAGAAAGAUUCAUGUUUGCAAA